AUGCUCUCACUCCGAUCCAUUCAUUCCAACCAUUACUACUCCAUCCCCGCCACCACUCACCCACCCACCCUUUUCAACCAUCCCAAAACCCUAAAACCCACAUUCCCAAAAUCCAAUCCCAACCCUAAACCCUCCUCCAUACGCUCCGUUCUUCAAUGGAAUAGGAAGCCCCAGUUGGCCGGCGACACACCCCGAGUCGUCGUCAUCACCUCUGGAAAAGGCGGCGUUGGCAAGACCACCACCACCGCCAAUGUGGGUCUCUCCCUCGCCCGACUUGGCUUCUCCGUAGUUGCCAUAGACGCCGAUGUUGGCCUCCGCAACCUCGAUCUCCUCCUCGGACUCGAGAAUCGCGUCAAUUACACCGUCGUUGAGGUUCUCAAUGGCGAUUGUAGGUUGGACCAGGCUCUGGUGAGGGAUAAGCGGUGGUCCAACUUCGAGUUGCUUUGCAUUUCGAAGCCGAGGUCGAAAUUGCCAAUGGGGUUUAGUGGGAAAGCUUUGGUUUGGCUUGUUGACGCAUUGAAAUCACGCCAAGAAGGUUGCCCAGAUUUCAUUAUCAUCGAUUGCCCGGCAGGCAUCGACGCUGGCUUUAUUACGGCCAUUACACCGGCGAACGAGGCGAUUCUAGUGACAACGCCGGAUAUUACGAGCUUGAGGGAUGCUGAUAGGGUGACGGGGCUGUUAGAGUGUGAUGGAAUAAGGGAUAUCAAGAUGAUGGUGAAUCGGGUUCGGACUGAUAUGAUCAAAGGUGAGGAUAUGAUGUCAGUGUUGGAUGUACAAGAAAUGUUGGGCUUGGCUUUACUGGGAGUGAUUCCGGAGGAUUCAGAAGUAAUCAGGAGCACCAAUAGAGGGUACCCUUUGGUUUUGAAUAAGCCACCCACAUUGGCUGGCUUGGCUUUCGAGCAAGCAGCUUGGAGACUGGUUGAGCAAGAUAGUAUGAAGGCUGUCAUGGUUGAAGAAGAGCCCAAGAAGCGUGGCUUUUUCUCCUUUUUUGGGGGUUAGUUAAUAGUAAUUCAACACUUGUGGAGUUUAGUAGUUAAAAAAAGAAAAAGUUGCAAGAUUUUUCUUUGUGUGUGUGUACAAUUUUGUUUUCCUUUUUUUAGUUUCAGAAUGGAGGAAUUUAAUGUAUUCUUAUUAAGCUUUGUGGUUUUAUAGUUAGCUGUGUACAGUCAGGUGAUAAGAGUUUGCCUUAAUUCUAUGAUUUUGUUUCUAAUUUGUUUUUUAGUUGUAGUUUCAAGAUCGAUGUUUGUGGCUCAUAUAUUGGAAACAAUCAAGGCUAUCUUGGUUGCUGUAUUUAUCUUUUGAGGAAAAAAGAAUGAAAGGAUUUGCUAUGUCUCUUUAUUUGUUUGACCAAGAAAAA